UGAAGAAAACACAUGAUUAAAGUACGACAGUGGAGUUUGUCCAAGACGGAGAAGUGGGGGAUCUUCCUGGUCUUGAAAUAAAAAAAAGCUUCAAAGACCUACCGGAUUUUUCUGCCAGAAACGUCAAGCCCCUGAUUUUAUUCCGACAAGUGGAUGUUUAAGGAUGCUUUUUCGUGCUUUUAACUACGAUGGAUGGAAAAUUUUGCUUUGAAAUAACUUUUUUGUGAAGAUUUUCCAAGGAUUAAAGCCUGCUUUAACUCUACAAGACUGAAGAGAAAGCUUUUAUUCUUUACUUUUUUUAAACAUGCUUUUUUUUUUUACUUUGAAUGCAAAACUUUGAAUGCAAAACAAAUUAUUUUACCUUAGCUAAAUUUUCUUUGAAGAAACAGUUUUCUUUGGACAUUUAUGGAGGUCUCUUAAUGUUUUAUUGUUGUGGGUUUAAAAUCAAACUGGCUCAUUAGUAUUUAUUCUGAAAGUUCAAACUUCCUAUUAUGGUAAGGUAAUGUUCUGGAAGUUGAUUUCUAGCUUUAAAAUGCACGGACAUUCAUCCUUUAGCUAGUAAGUCUCUAGACCAGGAUGAUUUCCUAUGUAGAGUGUCUCAGUGGGGAGGGGGCGGGGCCUAGCGUGAAAUCCCACUGUUGGAAUGGAGGUCCUGAUGAAGAAAGAGAUGAGCUCCUUCCACGCAAGAUGCCCGUUCUGCAGCCAAAAACAGAAGGAAGUCUAAGGCGGCGCCUGCUAAGCGCCAAAAUCUACCAGCAACAUGACGCCAUCUUGGCGAUAAAUGCAAAAGGUGGCUGCAGGCCGAGGUCCACCUUGGGCGACAGAAAACUCCCUACAGCUAAUCUUCAGUGUCUGGGCAACAACCCCUGGCACCUCCCACCACGCCCCCACAUUCAUCCUUCUGUCACCCCUGAAGUACAGGGGAAACUCUUUCAUGCUCCGGAAGCUCAAGAAAAACCCAAUCAACCGUUCCCGCCGACUGUGGGGCAGCACACAUCCUACCCGAUCCUCAACCAUCGGCACCAAACUUGCUCAUUUACCUCCCAACCUGUCACAAUACCUAGCUACCUCUUGCCCGUGCCCUCCUAUCGUAACAGUGCAAACCCUCUGAAAGAGCCGCAGGUACCUCCGCAGUACCAUUAUCAGCCCACCAGGAAUCGCAAGACGAAAUUCUUCGCCUUCAAAUCCCGUCGUGGGAGGGGCUCCAAGCAGCAACCCUUGCAAACCACACCCCUUCUUCAUAAAGGGGAUGGAGAUAGUAAGUGGGCCGUUCACUACACUACCCAAAAGCCCCAGCAGGGACUGCGCUUCAUUCGUGGGAAGAGACAGUCUAACAGCGCAGAUGAUCUUAGAGCCUUCCAUUGGCCAGCUCAGCAGAGUCCUGGCUCUAAGCCCUGCCCACCAAGCCCCACUUUCUCUCCCCUCUCAGGUGUGGACCAAUCAGAUGGCAGCGCACAUAGAGGGUGGAGGGACAGAAGCAGGAAGAUGCACUCCAGAGCUUUGGACUUUUUGUCUCAGUCUUGCUUUUCAGUUUGUUUCAAGUUUUCAUUCUGGAGGAGAAAGUCAUCAGCAUCUUCAGAUGACGAUGAAAGGUUUUUCCUGACUAAAGGUCGACCUAUGACCCCACUGGUCUUGAACCCCAUCAGUCUCACCUCCUGCACUGACGGGUUAACACCAACCUUUGAAUCAAAUUGGGACACGGAGACGGAGCCGAUUCAACGCCUUCCAACACCGGAAGAAAAGAUGAGGAGGCAGGCGGAGGCUGUCGCAGCUGAUAUAGUCCCUAUCAAUGUCACAGGUGAGAGUUUUGAUCGUCAAGCCAGUUUUCGGAGAACACUCUCAAACAGCGACUCAUUGUCCCGGCGAUCCCGAAAACUAAGCCGCCGCAAAACCGAAUCAAAUUUACAAGAUGAUGCGACUUCCAAGGCUUCGGUCUCUGUUGACCUUCCCGGUCAGUUUUCAACAGUCGGUCGGCCUGCCUCUUCCUGCAGUUCCUCCAGGAGACAGAAGAACAAAGAGGAGGAAGUAGAAGAGGGAGGGGACAUGAUUAGGACGGAACAGCUUUCAUCAAGGAGGAUUCGUGCCCCAAAAGGCGAGGGGAUGUCUAGUCUCAUGGCUACCCUCCUAACCUCCCCGCACAUCGAAAGACAACCCACCGCUGAGAUCCAAACAGAGCUCUCCCCAACUUUCAACUUCAGUUCUGACAGUGAUCCCUACCAGAUGAUCAGUGCCUCUUCAUCUUAUUGCCAGUCAUGGGAUCUACAAGGUUUCCCUAGUGACCUGCAUCCCCAGCUCUUCUUUGACACAAAUGCCAGAGUCGUACCAGAGUCUCUUUCCUCAUCCUGCCUUUGUUUCCUUUCUACCACUGUAAACUCCACCUCCAAUACUCCCUGUCAUCUUCACCAAUCAGAAUGCAGUCAUUUCAAUAAAAAGGCCAUAGCUGAGGAUCCAUCCUGCUCCCACUACUUGUCCACCUCCUCCAUUUCUGACUCAGUCUCCCAGUUUAGUUACCAGACUCUAGAUGACAAGGCUAUCAAUGCCCAGUACCUUCAUGACAGUGACUCUUGCGAUGGCAAGAGAUGGAACUACGAGCCCAUCUCCCCCAGCUCCAGUGUUCACAGUGGCGGCAUCCAAAAGACAAGAGACAUGUCUGAGGAAAACUGGAACUGUGACCCUCUGCUCUCUUCUGGCCGUUCAACCCCCUCAUGCGUGGACAGUAACUCUUGUUGUUCGGAGAUCACCUCCUCUUCUUCAUUGACCCGAAGGAAAUCCAGCACUUCCUCCUUUUAUUCCCCUACUGUCACUCGCAGUAUCUCUCUGCGCAAGUCCAAACGACCACCUCCUCCGCCAGUACGUUCAGACUCUUUGAGGCGUCGAUCUGGUCGCAACAAGCCCUCCCGGUCCUCUUCAAGCUUGCGUCUAGAGCGCAGUCCUCGCAUGGAGCGCUCUGCUAUGCGUACACCCACCUUAUCUCCGCAGGUCUUUUAUGAUCCUUGGGUUCCUCAAAGCAACGCCAAACAGCAGCAGAGUGGGUCGAACUGCAGAACUGUCACAAGCUUUGAGCCUUUAAAGCCGCACAUGGUAACCUCUCCCGACUCACCCCCUUUUGACUCCACGCAGACAAGCCAUGACCACUCCCAUGUCCUCAGUUCAAAGCCUUCAGGCUCAAAAGAUGAACGGCUGAAAUUUCCUCACAACCAGGAUUCGCCUGACUUUUCGGUUGCAGGGAUUCAGCGCCUUGCCUCUCCGUCCAGCGGCUACUCAAGCCAAUCUAACACACCAACGCCUGGUACUCCAGUGUCCUCUCCCCUUAGUCCCUCCUCCCCUCUCACACCAGGCAUAGGAGCUUUCCCCACAUUACCACCAUGCCCCUUCUCCUCCUCCUGCUCCACCUCCUUUCCUUUGCCUCCGGCUUCUUCCCUGCAAAGAAAAAAAUCCAGAGCUGAUGGGAAGCCAAAGCCACCAGUGCCAGAGAGAAAGUCCUCGCUCCUCUCUUCUCCUUCUUCCUCAUUCUCCUCCACCUCCUCCCUCUCCUCCUUCACGUCUUCCGACUCCUCAGCCAGGCAUCCUCUUCUCCCUCCUCCCCCUCCACCUCCUCCCCUUCCACAAUUUUUUUGUUCUUCAUCUGCUCCUACUACUCCUGACUCCAAGUUCUGUGCCCGUGAGCCUCUCACAUUUACCAAACACAGUGUCUCUUCCAACCCAUCUCCCUUUUCUUACCCACCUCUUCCACCCUUCCCAGAAUCCCUACCUUCUUUACCUCCUCCACCACCUCCUCCACCACCUCCUACGUGUCCUACCCCAAACAUUUGCUUUCCUACCAAUGUGUCUUUCAUUGUUUCAAAUCCUCCACCACUUCCUGCUCCACCUCCACCUCUUCUUCAACCUUCACAUUCUCCUUUCCCCUCUUCUGCUAGGCCUCCUCCACCUCCCUACUCCUACGCAGUGAAAAGGACUUCUGAUCAAGCUGUGGGCUGCAAACUGCCGCCUAAUAUCCCUCCUCCACCGCUUUCCCCACCACCCAUUCAGUCUUUGGACCUCUCAGAACUGCCGGAUCUUCCUCCUCCACCACCUCCACCACAGAUGUCUCCUCCUUCUUAUUCGACAUCCUUCUUCUCCUUCUACCCCCCUAAUUCUGAUACUUCCUCAGAUCAUGACGAUCAUAAAGCGGCCUCACCUCCCGGCCCGCUGGUAACUACGCAAGCUUUGCGGUGCGUCAAGCUCCGCUCUGUCAAGAACCAAGAGGAGCAGAGGGCCAACAACAACACAGAUGAUGGUGUGCUCCUCACCCAAGCUGGUUCACAGGCACCUGACAAGAAUGCUCAACAUUACAGAGCUGAGUUAGAUGUAGUGAUUUCUGAAACUUUCAGCAACACUGAAGUUGAGCUAGCUGAGUCAAGUUUACAAGAUGCUUUCAGUGACAUUAUUCAGGAUGAGGUGAAUGGUUUUGUGGGUAACUCUUACAGCCCAGGCAGUGAUGAAGCCAAGGUACCUUCACUGACAGACAACAUGCAAACUAAACCUGAAACCAGGAUGACUGGUAAUGAGUCUGCUGAUUCUGACCAAAGAGAUCCAGACACUCUAAAAAAUGGUCAACCCAUCCAAAGCUUCUCAUCCACUCAACAUCAGAGAAAAAAUGCAGUCAGGGGUCCUUCUCUGGGAAACUUAGAAAUCUGUGAUUCAGAGAGUCCUUGGGUUAAAAUGAGUCACAUUACAGAGAAAACAAAGAUCAAUACAGUUGUAAACCAAGAACAAUGGCUCUUAGAGACAGAGCUAACCAAUACUGCAGAGAAAAAGAGAGGAGACAUACCAGAGCCAUCAGAAAAUAAAAAUUAUGUGACAAAAAAGGAUGCUGCCAAGGGAGAUUUGACAUCAGCAGAUGUGAAAAACACAGCUGCUAACUUUAGGUCAAACAUGACAAGGAAGACCAAUUCCCCAGAGAAACCUGUUCCCCCAAAGAAGCCUGAUUUUUGCCUUCAGGAUCCAGCAGCUUCCCCGAAAGUCAAACGAGGAACAGCUGGAGGCAAAAGCAGUGGACAGAUUGCAGCACAUGCUUCAGGACCGAACAGCCCAUCCCGUGUUCCCGCCGAGUGCUUUUACAAACCACUGCCUGCACAUAAUUCCAAGAGCUCACAGUCACCAAAACUUGUGAGGUGCACUACCGACAAUUUGGUGACUACAGGUCACUGUGAGACCCCUAAAGAAUCACCCACAAGCUCUUCGUAUAGCCAGAAGCCACCGGUUUUGGACAAGAAACCAGAGCUUUCCUUGGCAUCACCCAAAAAAGAAAAAACACAGUUUGUACCUAAAAACGUGGGAGAAUCUUUUGGUCCAACCGCUCCACCUGACGGCAUUUCAAAAACUGGCAAUCCUAAGGGUGAGAUGAGUGCAUCUGGACCCACAGCCAAAACAACAGCCGCAAAUGCGUCCAUAAAGAGCAGUUUCACCAUAGACACUAAGGGCCAUGAUGGUCCCACGGGUAUAAGUGACAAUACCUCCCCCUGGAAACAAACUAGACAAACUGCAAAAGUAGAUCCCUACUGUGCUGUCAAGACAACAUCCUACCAGGAUGAAGGGAAACCUUUUAAUAGAAAAAUAAUGAGGUCAUCCAUGGCCGAAGAUGAAGAGGAAGCUGAGGAGAAAAGGGUUGCUGUGAGAGGGAGGGACACAGUUGUGACGAUGAUGGUGACGUCAACCAACAAAAAGUACAAACCGAACAGGAGGAGAAAGAGAAGGCUCGGAAAGCAGCUUCUGAUGUUGUCACCAAAAACGGAGCCUUCUCCCUCUUCUUCGUCAUCAUCCUCUUCGUCAUCAUCCUCAUCAUCGUUGUCAUCUUCAUCAGAGGACGAGCAGGAUAUGGUGAAAGGCAGAAGAGAAAGGCUGAGAACCAUCAACGUCCACAAUCGCGACUUGAUUGACUCUAAAAAUUUGUGCGACAUCAUAGAUGGGAGCCGGUUCUCCAUCAGUAGCGUGCUUUCUGCCGACAGCCUGCAGGGGGAGCUGUCACUACCAGACCUUCUGAUACAGGAAGUGGGUGAGAAACAGGCUGGUGAAGUGGAACAAUUCCAGAAAAGAGAUGAGGAGUCAAAUGUUGUCAACACAUCUUCAGAAAGUAACUUGUUGGUGAACGUUUCAGCGGAACAGAUGUUUGUCUCAAGGCGACCUCGAACCACAGAGGAUCUCUUUGCAGUCAUCCACAGGUCAAAACGAAAGAUGCUCGGCAGAAAAGAUUCGCAUGAGGAGAGACAGCGCCUCUCUUCUUCAUCCUCAACAGAGUCUAUCACUGUACCCGUCUCACAAAAGACUUGGACCUCCUCCCUUUGGAGCCAGCGCUCGGGGAGGAGUGAGAGCUUCAAAGCCCUCCUGCUUAGGAAGGGCAGUCGCUCCUCCUCUCAGAUCUCAGCAGCUGAGAGGCUUCGCAUCGUUCGGACGCCGUUUGCUUCCACUGACUGCCAGAGGGCGCCACCUCAAGCUGCACACCAAGCAAAACCUGAGAACCUGAGAUAUGGCCUCGCCACCACCCCAACUGAAGAGGCCCCCUUGACCUCCAUGUCUUCCUGCAUCAUUGCCACAAUGCUCGCAUCGAGACAACAAGAUCCCACACUCAGUCACCUCCUUGCCUCCUCCCCCCUCUUAAUUCUGUCCUCCUCCUCCUCAAACAUCCGAACCCGCUCUCUGACCCCACCCUGCUCCGCCAGCCGGCGCUUUGCUGCCCGCUGCCGCCUUCAUGGUGCCCCCAUGACCGCCAUCUACGAAGCGGAUGGCGAGGAGGAAGAUGAUGACGUUUUUAUUCCGUCACCAGGGGGCAGCAGAGAGUCAAGCUUGAGAUUCGUUGAAAUCUCUUGAUUUUUGCACCUAAAAUCUCUUUCCUGAUUGGUUCAUUCCUUUUUGUUUUUCCAAAGGCUCAUUAUUCCAAACUGAAAGGAAGUGAACAUUAGCAUUACUGAAUGCACUGUUGUUGUUUUUUUUUUCAUAAAAACUUUCUCCAAAGUUUCUUUUCUCUGUGGCACUUUACACUUUGGUACAUUUUGCAGUAAAACUGGCACAAACUGUUUUUCAUGCUAAGAAUUUAUUCUCAUACAUUUGAAUUAUAAUCUAUAGAUUUUGAGUUACAACACUAAUUAAGAGUUUUGUUUUAUAUUUAAUAAUUCAACUGAGAAAAUAGGGCUGUGGUGUGUGAGUUCUCUCCAGAGACUCCAGCUUCCUCCCACCGUCCAAAAACAUGCUUCAUCGGUUAAUUGGUUACUGUAAAUUGUCACUAGGUAUGAAUAUAAGUGAGCAUGGUUUUGUGAUGUGAUGUUUGGCCCUGCCACAAACUGGCAACCUGUCCAGGAGGUCCCCUGCCUUGGCCCACGAGCGCCCGGGAUAGGCUCCAGCAGCCCCGUGACAGGGGACAAAACGGGUUUAGAAGAUGAAUGAAUUAGAAGAUGAAUGAACUAAGAGAGAUAUUAUGUACAAAGUAAAGAUGCUCUAUAAAUUAAAAUGAAUUAUGUAAUAUUUUAAUCAAAUGACAGGUUCCAAAUUAAUAUUUAAAAAAAGUGUAUUGUCAUUCCAAUAAAAAAUACGGAAAUGUAAAAUCUGAACUAUAUAGACAAUUUUUAAUAUUUUUUAUUCAUGUUAUUUAAAGUUAAAAUCAAAAGAAAAGAAAAACAACUGCAAACUUAAAAUUUUUGUUCUAUUCACUAGGAAUUAACUUUUUUUAUGACACAUUUUCAUGUAUUUGAUAAUAAAUAUUAUUUUUUUCCCAAACCAAAGCAGGACUGUAGCAGCAGCUAAUGUUUUCCCUUUGACUUGUAUUUGCAUCUUAACUGCUUAGCACUGAUAUGAAUAAUGAAAGUAGCAGAUGUUCUGUAAAUAAUCUUCUCUACUCAACAUGUUUUUUUUUUUUUUUUGUCGUCAAUGUUUCUUACCUGCAGCAUUUCUCACUGUCGUCUCCCGAAACUUCAGAUGGUGUUUUUGUCAAGGCAGCAGAUGGUAAAAACCUGACAUGGGAGGGAGGGGGGCAGAGCUUUUAAAAGUGAGAAUUUUCUGUUUUUCUAUUGAAUGUGGAUUUGACAGAUUGAGAUUUAGUGGAUUAGCCUUGGAAUGAGCAUAUUUAGGCAGAAAAUUAGAAAUGGAAACUGAGUUAAAAAAAAAAACGAAAAAAGUGAGAAAUGUCAAAUGUAAAGAAAAAAAUAAAGACAUGUGGAAUCUGA